AUGGCUAGCUGUUCCCAGCGGAGCUUCUCCGCCCAUCGCGACAAUCUCGCAGAAACCCUUCGAACCACAGGCGACCGCACGUGUAGACACCCUGUAACGUAUAAAUGGAUAUCCAGAUUCCUAGCUAACCGCGCAGAUGAGCUUAUUAACUUGAAAGAAAUUGCAGCAUCAAGCAAACGCCCCGAUUGCUUCCUGGUUCGAUGCGACCGCAUUAUAACAGAGAUGAAGACACAGAGCUUAAUGUUCAAGAUUGGCAAGAACAUCUCGACUAGCGCUCCAAGACUCAUGGAAAUGUAUGCUCUUGCUGUCGGAAGACUGACACUUAGUUAUAGUGGUCGUGACCAAUAUGCGGAAGAAGAAGAUGAAGAAGCCAUGGAAAGAAGAUUCGAGAGACAACCACAACACGCGGAGAAUGCUGACAGACUCACGUCCGUUGUAUGCGAUUUGGACUCUUUUUGGCUGCGUCUCAACUGGCCUGUCGAUGGUUGCUACUGCUCGCAAUGUGAGAAGCGUAGGCCAUUUAUGAAUUAA